AUGACGACCCAUCCCUCCUCCACCUGGAAUAUCGCAGGAUAUCGAUCCUCAUCUUCAUCACGACCUGCUUCGCCUGAUUCCACUAAACGCAAGCAACGACGUGAUUCUACUGCCCCACUUAUGCAUACACCACCCAUAACAACAUUAUCAUCGCCUUCUUCUCAUCAUCCUAAUAUCAACAACGACGUGCAUUCCUCUGGGCUACAUCGUCGACGCCAUAACAACUCAAAAGACCAAGACGACGACAACAACGACGAUGACGAUGAUGAUGAUGAAUCCGAGACCGAGACUGAGACUGAGGAUGACGACGACGACGAAGAUGAUGAUGGUGGAGGAUCGGAUACUGGAUCAAGUGAUAAGGGUGACACAUCAACGCUAUUACAACAAACAGACAAUGAUAUCCGGAUCAGUGGCCUAGGCAAGGUGGAUCCUUGGCGACAAACAUUCAUGCUUGAUGAAGAGGUUCAGAUUAUUGUGGAAGGAUACCGAAAUGAUGGAUUCCAUUACAUGCUCUAUCGAUUACUUUGUAUCUUGUCCUUUGGUAUCGUAUGGCUUAUUUGUCGAUGGAUGCCACAAUGGUGGAUCGCAUGGGUUGGCAGGAAGACCUCCUUGGCCAAUGCGCAGUGGCUUGUAUUUGUGAAUGAAUAUGGAGAACGAGAUAUUAUCCGCCCGCAGCAUGAAUUCUAUGGUGGCACCAUUGGGUCGGUGUUUUCUUUGGAUCAAAUGAAAGAGGAGCUACGAUGUGAUCCAAGUCAAAGUCGACGCUUGUUGGAUAUGGAUGAUAGAAUCACUCAUCUCGUCCUCGUGGAAUAUCGCUAUGUGAGACUCGCUUUUCAUCCUAUCAUGCGCCAAUUCUUGACCAUUGGUUACUGGAAGGAUUCGUCUUGGACAUCAAUCAAGAGUAUCAAAUGCGGCCUCAAUAGUGAAAAAUAUCAACAACGCUUUUGCGCUUUCGGCCCGAAUCUUAUCAACAUACGUGAAAAGCCCAUUGGCAAGUUGCUGCGAGACGAGGUGCUCAAUCCAUUUUACGUAUUCCAGAUUGGCAGCAUUAUUCUGUGGAGUAUGGAUGAUUACUACUAUUACGCAUUUUGCAUCUUUUUGAUCAGCGCGUUUAGUAUUAUCACCACCCUUAUCGAGACAAAGCAGACCAUGAAACGCAUGAGAGAAAUGUCAAGAUUCGAAUGCAGCGUACGCACUUGUAGAAAUGGGGCAUGGCGAACAAUUAGCUCAACAGAGCUCGUACCUGGUGAUUACAUCGACAUUGCCAAUCUGCACACUGUACCAUGUGACGCUGUUCUUGUUUCAGGCGAUUGCAUUUUGAAUGAAUCCAUGCUUACAGGCGAAUCAGUGCCAGUAUCCAAGAUGCCUGUCACCGACGCUGUUUUACGCAAGAUGAACUUGUCAACAGCCACUAUACCAGCAGAGAUUUCCAAACACUUUUUAUUUAUGGGCACAAAGGUGGUGCGUGUUCGUUCUGGUAACAACAUUACGCCUGCUACUGCUAUGGUGGUGCGCACAGGAUUCAAUUCGGCAAAGGGCGCGCUUGUGAGAAGCAUGCUAUUCCCCAAGCCCAACAAUUUCAAGUUUUAUCGUGAUUCUUUUCGUUUCAUUGGUGUAUUAUCGAUUAUUGCUAUUUUCGGUUUCUUGCUUUCAUCGGUCAACUUUAUCCGACUUGGCAUUGAUACGACCACCAUGGUACUUCGUGCACUUGAUUUGAUCACCAUCGUUGUGCCACCUGCACUACCAGCAACCAUGUCUAUUGGUACAAGCUUUGCUAUUGGACGAUUGAAAAAGCUGGGUAUCUUUUGCAUCUCUCCUCCACGCGUCAAUAUUGGUGGCAAGGUGGAUUGCAUGUGUUUUGACAAAACGGGUACUUUGACUGAGGAUGGUCUUGAUAUUCAUGGUAUUCGCCCCAUCUACACGGGUGCUGAUGAUCAAAAGCGAUUCGAUCAAGAAAUGGUGUCGAUCGAAGGUGCCAAUCCGGAUGAUGAUGAGGAUGCCACAACGACCGCAAAGAUUUUACGUACCAUGACAACAUGCCAUUCACUCAAGAUCGUCGAUGGUGAGCUUAUUGGUGAUCCUCUUGACCUCAAGAUGUUUGAAUACACACGAUGGGAAUUGGAAGAAAGUGGUGGUGCAUCAUCGACGGGCUUGAAAAUGAGAAGCGAACUUGCUGCCAUUGCUGCCAAAAAGAGUGCCAAAACCGGGAUCAUGCCUACCGUCGUGCGACCUCCUGGUGGAAGACAAGAAUUGCCAUUGAAUUUACCACAAGAAGGAGGAGCACCACCCCCUGUUGAAUUUGGUAUCAUUCACUCCUUUGAAUUCGUAUCAGCUUUACGUCGUAUGAGUGUCAUUGUUCGUCGUUUGGCCAAACCAUGCAUGGAGGUCUUUGUCAAAGGUGCCCCCGAGGUCAUGGCAGACAUCUGUACUCCUGAAUCUUUCCCUGUGAAUUAUCAAGAGGUGCUCUAUUGGUAUACUCAUCGAGGUUAUCGUGUUAUUGCUUGUGCUACAAGACAACUUGAUGGCGUCAAAUGGCAUAAGCUGCACAAACUCAAAAGACAUGAAGUUGAAUGCAACCUCACCUUUCUUGGAUUCAUUGUUUUCGAGAACAAGCUCAAAGCACGCACUAUUCCUUCUCUAAAGACACUUCAUAAUGCAGGCAUUCGACAAAUCAUGUGCACUGGUGACAAUGUGCUCACGGCUGUUAGUGUUUCGCGUGAAUGUGGACUCGUGGAUUAUGGUGCGGAGAUCUACGUUCCUCGGUUUUUGAGCGGCUCUUCAACCGAUCCACAAUCAAAAUUGACUUGGGAAAGCGUUCUGAAUGAAGGGCAUACGCUGUAUAGCGACACUUUGGAGCAACAUCGGCCUGACGCAUAUGGCAAGCCCUAUUAUUUGGCUGUCACUGGUGAAGCAUUCCGAUGGAUGGUUGACAAUGCACCCACCGAACUUCUUUAUCGCAUGCUGGUCAAGGGUGUGAUUUACGCUCGCAUGUCGCCUGAUGAAAAGCAAGAACUUGUGGUGGAGCUUCAAAACAUUGGCUAUUGUGUCGGCUUUUGUGGUGAUGGUGCCAAUGAUUGUGGUGCACUCAAGGCUGGUGAUAUUGGUAUUUCUCUUUCGGAAGCAGAAGCAUCUGUGGCAGCACCCUUUACAAGCAACACAAUGGAUAUUGCCUGUGUCAUUGAUGUGAUCAAGGAGGGUCGUGCUGCAUUGGUGACAAGCUUUAGUUGUUUCAAGUACAUGGCAUUGUACAGCAUUAUCCAAUUCACAUCGGUCACGUUAUUAUAUGCAUUUGGCAGCAACCUGGGCGAUUUUCAGUUUUUGUACAUUGAUCUGUUUUUGAUCCUUCCCAUCGCCGUGUACAUGGGGUAUACGGGAGCUUGGCCCUUUUUGGCGCGAAAACGACCCACAGCCAGCCUGGUAUCUAAAAAGGUGUUGACUUCACUUAUUGGUCAAAUCAUCAUCACAUCCGGUUUCCAAUUGAUCGCCUAUUGGGCUACCCAUAGGCAAGACUGGUAUGUUGAACCUGAAUUUGAUCCCGAUGGCGAAAACAUAAAGUGCUACGAGAACACGGUGCUCUUUUUAUUAUCCAGCUUCCAAUAUAUCCUUGUGGCCGUUGUCUUUAGCGUGGGACCACCCUAUCGCAAACCGCUUUGGACGAAUGGUCGACUACUACUCACACUGGCAGUGUUGGUGACGCUGACGGUAUGGUGCGUCAUAUACCCUUCGAAUUGGGCACUUGAGUGGUUGGAACUGGAGGUGAUUCCCUUUGGAUUCCGCGUAUUCCUGGUUACUUUGGCAGCGGCCAAUCUUGUUAUCAGCUACAUUUGCGAAAAGUAUUUCUUUUUACACCUCGCCGGCUGGCUGGCAAGCACAUUCAAGAGUUUAAAAGGUCGAGCUCAACCUGGUUACGCCCCAUUAUCCAAACCCCACAAAAAGAUAUACAAGCGUGUGAUGCAAGAGAUGGGUAUUGUAGAUUUAUGA